UAAUGUCAUUCGACCUUAUUUAAAAAAAUUAAAAUAUUUUUUUUUUUUAUCAUAGUUAUAUUAUUUGUAAAACGCUCUAUUGGAUCUCAAUUCAAAUUCAUCGGUACCAUAAAUCCGGGUAUUUAAGAAAUUUAACUAAAUUUAGGGAUCGCCUGAAAGGCAUUUCAACAAUCUUCUAAAGAUUUUAACAAGUUUGACAAUUAUGGUAGACCCAGAAGAAAAUUCUGAGAUAGUGGACGUGGCAGCUUUAGCUGAAGAGGCUAUAAGAAAACAUUUCGAAUUAGAGGAACAGAUAUUGAAAAAACUAUUGCAACUGGAAAGGGAUUAUAGAGAUCAUUAUGCUAUGCAUUUAAAGGAAAUGCAAUUUCAGGAUAGUAUGUUAACUAUCAUGUCGGGUAUAACAAAGGAAUUUCUUGAAGCCAACAAAAAUGGCCCAUGUUGUGAUAUAACUGCUGUAUAUGCCGAUACUACAGACGACGGAAUGGAUGAAUACAGUAAAUGUUUAGAAAAAUUACGUACUUCCUGUUGUCGUUUGAUGCAAUCUAUCAAGAAUUUGAGAACUUUAUGUCUUGAAUUUACUGAUUUAUAUGGGUGCUUAAAUUUGGAUACAAAAAGUCCAUUUAUCGAAGGCGAUCAUAUACAUAAGCCAAUUGCGUAUUUCGUUGAGGUGGUCGAUCAUAUUUUCAGAUUCUUUUAUGCACGGACACUAAAGUUACAAGUGAGUACACAUCAAAUGGAUCCAGAACGUUUGGAGUGCUUAGCAAAACAUAAGAUAUUACUUCAGAAGAACGAUGAUUUUAAUGAAUAUUUCAACACAGAACUUGGUUAUUGUAAAUGCCUAGAACCAUUACUACCCUGUCCACAUGAAAAUAAGCUGAACUAUCCUGUUUAAUUGUAAUUUAUUUUAUUUUCUA